UGCAAGCUUCGCCGGAAAAGACACUUGCAACCCGGUGUGUUUUUGAGGUGCACUCGGUGUCAGAGUAGCAUCACUGCGCACGGAUUUCAGUGACUGAUUUCUGCCAUGCAUCCGCAUUGGAGGAUAUGGGGCAUGCUGCCUAUGCAUGAUAUUUCCCUGCGCUUUGAUGCUUGAUCAUUGCAUCAUGUUUUUUCCUGAUGUAUCAGAUACAUUUCCUGACAGAAUAACCUGUUAUUUCAGGCAGCUGCACGCAUUGCCUACCUGUGUGUCCGCCUCACUGACAUCUCUGCUUGCAAGCUUGUAGAUUGUUUUGGUUGCAAGGCAUCGCUAUCAUCCACACUGACAUGCCUCUCCAAUGCUGGCUGCUCACAUCCCGCCAGACGUCUUAAACACCGCGGGGUGAGCGACAUGGACAGUGGGAUCCGGGCUGUGACGGUGGGAGACGGGACAGCCAAUUUCUCCGCGGCAGCCCACCUCUGGCUGGAGCCGCUGAACGCCUCCAGUCCCCCGCCGCUCCGGUGGGACCGCGGCGGGCAGCGCCUCCUCCGGGAGCAAGCCUACCGGGACUUCACCACCGCCAUCCAGGUGUUCAUCCUCAUAGGAUCGCUGCUCGGAAAUGCCACUGUGUUGUGGUGCACCUGCUGCACGAACGUCUUCAAAUCUGUGACCAACCGAUUCAUCAAGAACCUGGCGUGCUCGGGGAUCUGCGCCGGGCUGGCCUGCGUUCCCUUCGACGUGGCGCUGGGAGCGAGCCCUCGAUGCUGCUGGUGGCUCCACACGCUGCUGCUCUGCAAGGCCAUCAAGUUCCUCCACAAGCUCUUCUGCUCCGUCACGGUGCUCAGCUUCAGCGCCAUCGCCCUCGACAGAUAUUACUCUGUGCUGUACCCGUUGGAGAGGAAGAUCUCCGAUGCGAGAUCCCGAGAUCUGGUCAUCUACAUCUGGGUCCACGCCACGGUGGUCAGCCUCCCCGCGUUCGCCGUGACCAAUGUGACGGAUGUGUACGUCACCUCGUCCUGCUCCGACGACCACGCCCGCUCGCUGGGCCACAUGGUGUACGUGUUGGUCUACAACGUCACCACGGUGAUCAUGCCUCUCGCGCUGGUCUUCUUCUUCAUGCUGCUGAUCCGCAGAGCGCUCAGCAGCAGCCAGAAGAAGAAGGUGAUCAUCGCGGCGCUGCGGACUCCCCAGAGCAGCAUCUCCAUCCCGUACGUGUCCCAGAGAGAAGCCGAGCUGCACGCCACGCUGCUGGCCGUGGUACUGGCCUUCUCCGCCUGCAGCGCCCCCUACGGAGCUCUGGUGGUGUAUCGCACCAUCUUGGCGGACACUAAAGAGCUCCCCGCCUCCUUGUACCUGACGGCGCUCUGGCUCCCCAAGGUGUCCCUGCUCACAAACCCUCUUCUGUUUCUGACUGUGAACCGCUCGGCGCGCCACAGCUGGCUGGACCUGCUGGCCCGGAUCCACAGACGCUACAGCCGCCGUAACGUGGUCAGCACCGGGGCGCUGGACUCUUUGGGAGCGGAGGGGGUGAUCGGGGAGCCGGUGGGGCUGGAGACCGCCGGCCGCUCCGGGAGCCAGCUCCUGGAGAUGUUUAACAUCGGCCAGCAGCAGAUCUACAGGCCCUCUGAGGAGGAGGAGGACGUGGAGAACGAGGUCCCUCCUCAACUAUCAGGGGGCUGCUCUGGGCCUAAAGACGACCUCAAGGGCAGGUCGAGACUGGGGAGCUUUAGAGGGGAGGUGAUCACCACAAAGGACCCUCUGCAGGGGUCAGGGGGGGGUCUGAUCAUCACUAAGGACGGCCCUCCUUUAGUCACAGCGCCGCGGGCCUCUCCGGUCCACACGUGUGCUUACGCCUCUUCAUCUCAGGUGGCCCCAGCGACCCCUACCGAGGCGGAGGACUCCCCACAGUUUGGGUUCGGACCCUUCGAGCUGCCCCCCCAGUGGUUACCAGAGACGAGGAACAGCAAGAAGAGGCUGCUGCCACCGCUGGGGAACACCCCCGAGGAGCUGAUCCAGACCAAGCUGCCCCGGCCGCGGCCCGAGAGGCGGAUCAGCCGGAACAACAAGGUGAGCACCAUCGCCACCGUGGACCUGUGAACCGCCUCUGAUCCGCAGCUCUGGACCCCACUACAGGGGGGCUUCGGCAGGAUAUUGAUGUGACAAGCUGCUCGGUGAGACGCUUGGUUUCUCUUUGUCAAUUCAAACCUUUUUUCAAUUUUCUCAGACGCUUUGUAGAAGGUUUUUCAGCUCGACUACUGCAGUUUUCUUAUUGGACGAGAAUCAAUUUGAUAUCAAAUAUUUACCACGCUGGGAGACAUGUGUCCAACUUCCCUUGCGACUCGGACAGAUCCAAUUACUUGAUUAAGGAUUCUAUAACGGCUGCAUGAUUAUUGGGACAACAGAUCUCUGUUUUUGAAUCCGUUUUGAUUAGAGCUGGCAUCGGUAGUUGAACGGACACACUGUACAAAUCCAAUUAUCCCGAGAGAUGCACUGAUUCAGAAUAAUAUAUUUCCAUAGCACAUUAUGAAGCGAGGAUAUUUAAACUACUAUCAAAACAUUUUGUAAAAUGGUUAUGCUGUGAUUGCACUCUGUAAAUUAACACAUCUCAGUGUCAGUCCUUUCUCUUAACCCUUUGUGGGAAUGUUUUUUGUAACUAUGUUUACUUCACUUUUUGGGAUUAACUCGUCCCUCGCUGGCCUUUUUUUCUCACGUCGCUUUUGAGAAAUAUUUACAUAUCCUCUAAUGUGUUAGAUGUUGUUGUCAUUUGUACUUCAAAUGUAAGUGGAUUUGAUAAAGAUAAAAAAUGCAGAUGUAAUGUAUGCAAAUACCUGUUAUAAAAAUGUGAAAUGUU